GUUACAGGUGCCUCAGGUGUCCUCAGAUGUGUGCCUCAUGACCAGCACGUGACCAGAAAGACAUGCCUGGUCUGUGAGAGUAAAGCUUGUGGGCCCCUCUCUCUAAUGAUGUAUCAUAACAACAGAUGUGCCGAGUACAGUGUCCCUGGAGAUGGUAGGAAAUCUGUGCUUGAGUCUGCAGAGAGGAGGAAGCUAACUCUCUCCAUAGAUAAGAUAAGAGAUUCUGCCUAAACACACAUUCCCACCUUACUGGUAGCUAUGGCCUGAGGUGCUCUGGACAGAGUAGGGACGACAGGAAGGAAGUGUCAAUGUCAGCUCUCAAAUAAUUCCCUGAAUGUAGUGUAUCUCUGGUGAUCUUGUGAAGGAUAUAGUAUCUAAGAUGGACCCUCUGAAUGAACGACACUACUCUAAAGGGCGAGGCACAUGCUCGCCUACCAGGCUC